CACCAUUUGACAGCUUGUCCUAGCUUCCUAGCCUUUCUAGCAAGCUCUCCCUGUAGUCUCCGCCGACUUCCGGCUCAGGCACAGUUACUUAAUAGCUGACCGCUACCCCUCACCCACAAAGAAAGCUCCCACUGGAGGUAUCAUCAACAUGGCCUCCUCCAAACCCACAGAAGUCACCGAAGACCUCAAGGAGCUGAGCAUCUCUCCCUAUGGCGAUGCUCGCUCUUUCUCGAGCGAGCAGCCGCUCAGCGCUGAGGAGCUCCGCAAGACAAAUGACUACUUCAUGGCGACCAUGUACCUCUGCUUGGGCAUGAUCUAUCUGAAGGAGAACCCUCUUCUACGCGAUCCCCUCACUCUGGAUCACAUCAAGCGCCGAUUACUCGGCCAUUGGGGAUCCGAUGCGGGACAGAGCUUCACCUGGAUCCACAUGAACCGUCUCAUUAAGAAGUACGACUUGGAUGCCCUCUUCAUCUCUGGCCCCGGCCACGGAGCCCCCGCCGUUCUUUCGAACUCCUACCUCGAGGGUGUCUACUCCGAGGUCUACCCCGACAAAUCCGAAGACUUAAAGGGCCUGCAGAGAUUCUUCAAGGCUUUCUCGUUUCCCGGUGGCAUCGGCAGUCACGCAACCCCGGAAACCCCAGGUAGUCUUCACGAAGGUGGAGAGCUCGGAUACUCGAUUUCGCACGCCUUCGGUUCCGUUUUCGAUCACCCAGAUCUCAUCUCUUUAACAAUGGUUGGCGACGGCGAGAGCGAGACUGGCCCGCUAGCAACUAGCUGGCACAGCACCAAGUUCCUCAACCCAAUCACUGAUGGUGCGGUUCUUCCCGUACUGCAUCUCAACGGCUACAAGAUCAACAACCCCACUAUCCUAGCGCGUAUUAGCCACAAGGAGCUCGAGGCGCUCUUCAUCGGGUAUGGCUGGCAACCGUACUUUGUGGAAGGAUCAGAUCUACCCACCAUGCACCAGGCCAUGGCAUCCACAUUGGAACAUUGCGUUCUGGAAAUCAAGAAGUACCAGAAGCAAGCCCGCGAUUCUGGCAAAGCAUUCCGUCCACGCUGGCCCAUGAUUGUGCUCCGCACGCCGAAGGGUUGGACUGGACCUCGCAAGGUUGACGGAAAGUUCCUCGAGGGUUUCUGGCGCUCCCAUCAAGUCCCUAUUCCGGACGUCGCCAAGAACAAGAAUAGCCUGAAAAUCCUGGAAGAAUGGAUGCGCAGCUACAGACCAGAAAAGCUCUUCGAUGAGUCUGGUGCUCUUAUCCCGGAACUGAAGGACCUUGCACCCACAGGAGUCAGACGCAUGAGCGCCAACCCCGUAGCCAACGGUGGCAUCCUUCGCCGCAAGCUUCACCUCCCGGACUUCCGCGACUACGCCACUCCAGUCAAACAAGGUGGUGUCGAGAAUGUUGGUAGCAUGGCUAUCUUUGCUACUUUCCUUCGAGACAUCGUGAAGAACAACCCCAACCACUUCCGUGUCUUUGGUCCCGAUGAGACUGAGUCAAACAAGCUUGGUGCCAUCUACGAAGCUGGCAAGAAAGUUUGGAUGGGCGAAUACUUCGAAGAAGAUGCCGACGGCGGAAAUCUUGCUUUUGCGGGUCGGGUCAUGGAAAUGCUUAGCGAGCACACCUGCGAAGGCUGGCUCGAAGGCUACGUCCUCUCAGGACGGCACGGUCUACUCAACAGCUACGAGCCUUUUAUCCACAUCAUCGAUUCAAUGGUCAACCAGCAUUGCAAGUGGCUAGAGAAGUGCCUCGAGGUCGAGUGGCGUGUCAAGGUUGCCUCUCUCAACAUCCUCCUGACUGCAACCGUCUGGCGCCAGGACCACAACGGCUUCACACAUCAGGAUCCAGGCUUCCUCGAUGUUGUUGCCAACAAGAGCCCCGAAGUGGUCCGUAUCUACCUCCCGCCUGAUGCCAACUGCCUCCUCAGCGUCACGGACCAUUGUUUCCGUAGUGCCAACUACGUCAACGUCAUUGUCGCCGACAAACAAGACCAUCUCCAAUACCUCACUAUGGAGCAAGCUAUUCAGCAUUGCACGAAGGGCGCUGGUAUCUGGGAUUGGGCUUCCAACGACCAGGGAGAAGAGCCAGAUGUUGUCAUGGCCUCCUGCGGUGACGUCCCCACACACGAAUCUCUCGCCGCCACUUGCCUUCUCCGCGAGCUAGUUCCAGAGAUCAAAGUCCGUUUCGUCAACGUAGUUGAUCUGUUCAAGCUUAUACCAGAGAAAGAGCACCCUCACGGUCUUUCGGACCGGGAAUACCGCGCUCUUUUCACCAAUGACAAGCCCGUCAUCUUUAACUUUCACUCGUACCCAUGGCUCAUUCACCGCUUGACCUACAAGCGUCAAGGCCAACACAACCUCCAUGUGCGCGGCUACAAGGAGAAGGGCAACAUCGACACCCCCCUCGAGCUCGCCAUCCGAAACGAGACAGAUCGGUUCAGUCUGGCUAUCGACGCGAUUGACCGCAUGCCAAACCUGAAGAACAAGGCGAGCUCCGCGAGGGAGGAGUUGUUGAACCGGCAAAUCACGGCCCGGAACUACGCCUUCCACGAGGGCAUGGAUCCGGAGGAUUUGACCGGCUGGCGCUGGCCUUUCAAGACUGGCACAUCCGCAUGAAAUGUGUUGCUUUGGAUUCCCUCCUUGAUGUACACUUGGCGUCCAUGUGCGGUGGGCGGCUCUGUUCUCCUAAAAUCCACCUCUUCUCUCUCCUAUGUUCAAUUUCCCUUUCAAUGAUCAGACGGCUGGGGCAAUCCUGUUUCUACUGGGCAUAGACAUGAUAAUGGAAUUACAUGAAUAAUGCAUGACUGAAGC